UCCAGAGUUGAGGUUAUGUCUUCCUCCUCGGCGAAGUUGCGGGUUCUGUAAGAUUAAAAAAAUAAGAAUGCUUCUUUUAAAUUUGAAAUCAUCAUCAUCAAAUCAGUGUGCACAGUGAAAUCAUAGCACGCUCAUUCUCACGGACUCAUUAAAUAAGUUUGCACUGUUAAAUGGACGUAUUUGAAUGACAGGCAAAUCGAGUAACUGGUCAUUCUAUCAUCACCAUGCUUUCUGGUGAGAGAACUAUUGACUCGAAGCACAUGAAUCAUGCCGACACAGGAGCACACGAUUCACGGGGACUACGAAACAGAAAAGCAGGAGCUUCUUUAUUGGGCAAGAUGGUGGGUUCAGGAAGCGGAGAGCUCUUCGUCCAGGAUCUGGGUGAAAUCGGGAUGCAAUUGGAGAUCGACUCGGAGAACGAAAUUCUGGACACUCAUCGUCUGAUAUUUACAGCUCCACCAAAUGUUGGUAUUCAGGAUAUUAAUCAUAAAUCCGCGAAAAAAAUCACCAUCAAGUAUGAAGAACUUCGUGACCAGGACGAGAACGUUUGGUCAAUUUCAAUACAGAUGUUUAUACCCUUUCUGCUUGCCGGAUUUGGAAUGGUCGCGGCUAGUUUAGUGCUCGACCUUGUGCAGCAUUGGGAAGUUUAUGUCAAUGUUCCUGAAGUUUACAUACUUGUUCCCGCUUUGCUAGGUUUGAAAGGUAAUUUAGAAAUGACCUUAGCGUCGCGUCUUUCGACUCAAGCUAAUUUGGGCCACAUGGAUACCAAAAGUCAAAAGUGGACUUUAAUAGUUGGCAAUCUUGCCUUAAUACAAUGCCAGGCCAUGGUUGUUGCGUUACUCGCUUCUCUGGCUGCUGUGAUCCUCGGUUGGAUACCAGAAGGGAAAUUUGACAUUAACCACGGCCUUCUGCUUGGCGCUAGUGCUUUGGUCACUGCUUCUGUCGCCAGUUUUAUACUUGGUCUCGUCAUGGUGGCUGUCAUUUUACUCUCGCGACAAAUGAGCAUCAAUCCAGAUAAUGUUGCCACACCAAUAGCAGCAUCUUUGGGCGAUCUAACAACUUUGGCGCUGCUUUCCUUGAUGGCUUCGCUUUUGUACAAUUCAAUAAGCAGUGCACCUUGGAUAGCACCAACAUUAGUAACAAUUUGUAUCUUGGUAACUCCAUUCUGGGGUUAUAUUGCUGCAAAAAAUCCAUUCACCAAAGAAGUCUUAGACGAUGGCUGGACACCUGUUGUUUUGGCGAUGGUAAUAAGCAGCAUUGGUGGCCUAAUAUUAGGCUACACGAUCUCUAGUUACAAGGGAAUUGCGGUUUAUCAAUUAGUUAUCAAUGGCGUGGGCGGAAAUCUUGCGGCUGUUCAAGCUAGCAGAAUUUCGACUUCUCUGCACAAGAAACGACGCAUGGGUGUGCAAGAAUUUCCAAAGAUUUGCAUCAGUCCUUUACAUGUAUUUUUUGCCACAGGUGGACAUGCGAGGACAGCAAGAGUUCUUUUAAUGAUGGUGGUUCCAGGGCAUUUAAUCUUUAGUUACACUAUCAGUUACUUACAAGCUGGCCAUACGUCCCUUACACCAAUAUUUCUCACGAUUUAUUUAAUUGCUGCAAUUUUGCAGGUUGUAUUAUUGUUGUACAUUGCUGAGCUUAUGGUUGUCUGGAUGUGGUCAAAAGGGAUGGAUCCGGACAGUUCAGCGAUACCUUAUCUGACAGCAGCUGGUGAUCUUAUCGGAACAGCUUUUCUCGGUAUUGCAUUUCAUAUUCUUAAUGCCAUCGGCGAUGGAGACUCUGAUGUUGGUGAUUGAGUUACGUAUGUUCUAAUUACGGCAGAUACUGAACAUAUCUUUGCGUCCCGAAGCAUUAAUUUUUGAGAAAUUACUGGUCGUAGUCAUUUUUAGACUAUCGGGCAGCAGACUUUUGAUACUAGUAUUUUGUGAGCGCCGAAUAAUUCAUUUAAAGUUAAAAGUUCAGGUAGGCUUAAAACGAUUUUGACUAAAAAGUCAUUUAACAGGUGCUAUUUUAGGAAAAAGGGUAUAGUUAUGCUAUUAUUUUGUGAAUAGGGCAUUGACUUAUAAUAUAGUAUUUUUAAAAUUGUUUUUUUUUUAUCGAGUCAGUUUGACUGUACGGAAUGCAUUUUUCGAACAUUUGAGCCUACUAAUCCUACGGCUCAAAUAAUUGUGUAAAUAUUGCAUGAUUCUUUUUGAAUAAUUCUUACAAGCAGGAUAAGAAAUCGACUUUUGCGAAAAGGUGUACCUGAAAUUCUAUCAAGUAAAAUGUCUUGUCUUGAAUGAACAAAAACAUUUUACUUUGUAUGAUCUAUGGAUUAUUAACAUCGACUGUUGACCGAAAAUAGUAUAAAUAUUAUUCAAGCGGCUUGGAUUUUAUUUAAAUACAUUAAUUCCUUUUUACUGUGGCAUUACUUUAAGAUCAUAGAAUUUCACACGAUUUUAAACAUGUGUGUUUUAUGUUACAUUCUUUGAAUGAAAUUAUUGUUAAUUUUCGCGCCAGUAUUUUAUGUUUUGCGUGCCAUCUUCAUACUAAAAAAAUGUAAUUUUCAAAUAAGUUACAGUGCACAAAUGCGACUAUUGCGCAUAUUAUGUAUUGUCGGCCACAUAAACGCCAUGUAGAUACAAUUUAGAAAUAUCACUGUCAAUUUGAUCAUUUGAAAUAGCUCAGAAACUGUUGGUAUUAAAUAAUUUUUGAUAAAUGUA